AUGCCUUACGACAAGGGAAGAGCAUCCAGGGCUUGCGACUCGUGUCGUAAGCUCAAGACCCGAUGCUACGAAUCCAGAGCUGCCGACUCCUCAUGCCUGAGAUGUGAGCGACUGGAAAUUUCAUGCUCUUUGGCUAAACUCCGUUCAACUCGACGCCAGGCUCAUGCUCCUCCCAAUGCCGCAAUCGAUGGUACUGAUCAGAGGCUGUCGCGCUUGGAGAGGGCUGUUGAGCGACUCCUGCAACGACUUGACCCCGAUGCUGAGGAUGAGGAAGUUACUCCCUCGCCUGCUGCUCGAGAGUCCUUCCGACAUCCCUCGCCAGAUCGGCUUCAGCCUCCAGGGCUUUCCACCAACCCCUCGGCCGCUCCUGUAUUGGUCAUUCGAGAUAUCGCUACCGAAAUGGGUGUCGAAUCUCCAGGUGCAGUGAGGAGCUUACAUUCGCUCCAUGACACUCCAGGUGCCAACAUGAUCGACGAAGGUUUCAUCUCCCAUCAAGAUGCAGUGGCCAUGGUUAGAAUCUUUCACGAGCAUUAUGGACGCUGGGUCUGCUUCGAUCCCCUCAUGUCAUCGAAUGCAGUUCUUGACAAGGCCAAACAGUCUCCUCUUCUUCUAUGUGCAUGUUGUUUGAUCGCAGUGCGCCACACCAAUCAAGAACUGGCGGCUCGUCUCGCUCCAGCGCUUUUCGAAAAGGCCAAGGCUCUCCUGUCCAUCGCCCUAUUGACCAGUCCCCAAACGAUAGACUUCUUCCAAGCUGCCAUCGUGCUUUCCAUGUGGUCUACAACCGUCGGCCAAGUCCCUUUAAGCAUAGACAGCUGGCUUCUGAGCGGCUUUGCUGUUCAACAUUGCGUUUCGAGCGAUCUCUUCGAUCCAAUUCUCAAUGGGCAAGGCCCGCCGAGAACGAGGCAAGAUUUGGAGCUUUUCUGUCUAUGGAGUCACAUUGCAUUGGUUCAUCUGCACUACUCUGUCGGCACGCGGAGGAAAUCAAUGAUUGCACGCUCCCAGAUGGAUCGGUGCCGAGCUAUCUUGGAGUCUGAUUAUGCCACAAAUUAUGAAAUUCGCAUGGUGGCUGAAGGCAACUUGUAUUGGAUUCUUUAUGAGGAUUGUUGCCUACAGGAACCAGAUCUUCCCAAGAUUCAGGCACACCUACACGUCUGGAGACAAGAAUGGAGAUUUGUUUUGGACCAGCCGAGAUCGCAAUUCCUGGAAAUGGGGUACAACUUUGCGCAACUUUUGGCCUACGACCAGUCGCUGAAAUCCCGCUCCGCCCGUGUUCGAGAGAGCCUCAUAUCUGAAAUGGUCCGUCUCGCUCUUGUCAUCAUCAACCUUGCCAUGGAUACGACAGAUGAACGCACCCGACAUUUGAGCGAUCACAUCUAUCAUAUGAUUGUCUUCGCAGCUGUGACGCUGUGCAGAAUCCUCAAUAUGUACGAAGAUCAAAUCAAGCAAUCUCACAGCCUGGAAGAACUUGAUGCCAACAUUACCACGUUAGUCUCGUGGCUACACACAAUUGGUUUGCCAUGUCACGCUGCGCACACUCUCGGUGAUGUUGUCGCUGCCUUUCAUAAGAAGCUACGGCCUCUGGCUCAUCCAUCUCCACUCACUACAAAAGAAAUCAAUGCCUGGAACGAUCCUAUCUUCUCGGCAUUCUUUCCAGAUCUCCUUGGGUCCAAUCCUUCCAAUACGUAUGAUUGGAACAUGCUACCAAACUGGGAACCGUUUGGCAACAAUAUCGGGUAA